CCGCUGCGCCAAGAAGGUCUGACCCUUGAUCAACAUCCUAUCCUCAUCCUACGCGGACCAUACCACAGACUGCACCACGAGCCUCUCACCUCGCACUCCCGCGCCCAUCCUCGCACUGCUGGAUGAGCUCUCCGGCUGCGGGGCCAGUCCAAAGUGGUGCGGCCGAUGAAGGAGAGCACCUUACCUCGACCGCUCCACCUUCUGAAGGUGAAGUAGCCGCCCAGGACGAUGUACUCAAGGCUGCAGCAGAUGUCCACAUCGAACACGCAAGCGCAAUGGCGAGUGCUGGGCAAGCAUCCGAUGCCAGCUCCAGUGCUCAAGGAUCGCAGCUGACAGCGGAUGCGCAGGCGAAGACCCAAGUGAGCGCUAGCGCCAGCUCGAGCCCGAAAUACCCCGCUGUAGUUGGCAGUGAAGGCAAUUCCGAAUACUCUGCUCGUACAGACGAGGCUAAAAUCGUCGAACCUUCUCCGAUACCAGGUGACUCAGACCUGGCAAUAGUAGGGGAAUACUCAGCGGACGAAGUGAAGGACUCCACCCUCGAAGCGCUACGGACGAAGAUCAUUCAGACGAGGGGCGCAAGAGCGCAGCUUCCUGCUGGAUGGGAAGAAGAUACAGUCAUGCCUGCGAUACCAGACGCAAGCGACAGCAACAGGGCUCAGGGCACAUCGUCCUCCUCCUCUGAGUCAGACUCGGACUCUUCUAGCAGUGAUGACUCGUCAGACGAUGACCAGGAGCAAGUCACUAUGGUCUCAGACUACGACUCCGACGAUUCUUCGGUGGCCAAGAAAGGCACGGGCGACGGACCUCGAGGUCCCAUGACCAAGAGUGAGCUUCCGCCUUCAAGAGCAGCGGAAAUGUUUGGCAAGCUGCCUUUUGAAGAGGUCCCCCAGGACAGGAAGUGCGACCUCAAACCACUGGGCAAAGUACACGGCAAUGUGCAAGAAGUACUCGUCAUCGCCCAGGCGGAGGAAGUCCAACGAGGCAACGUCAGCACUGCCAUGUCCCGCCCGCCUCCUGGCGUACGCGUCAUCGGUGGGGCAAGCAACGAACGUCAAGGGCCCAUCCUCGAUGCUGGAUCCCUGGUCUGUACUCAAGAAGGCAAAGUCAUCGGCUUCAUCUUCGAGACCUUUGGAUCUCUGCUAGCACCGCUCUACUCAGUCCUGCUUCCUACCUCCACCGUUGCUGCUUCUUACAAGUCCGGACAAGACAUCUUCUUUCUGCCAUCUCACUCGACCAUUCUCCGCCCUGCUGAGCUGAGAGCGACCCAAGGAAAGGCGUCAGAUGCCUCCAAUGUGAAUGAUGAAGAGGCAGGCGUCGAGGAAAUGGACUUCAGUGAUGAUGAAGAGGAAGCAGAAUUCAAGAGAAGGCUCAAGGCAAGCAAGAAGAGGUCCAAUGCAAGGGGGCCUGGUGGAAGUAUCGAGGAAGGUCACACCGACGGGACCAGUCGCAGCGGCAGGGGCAUCAGCAGGGGCGUAGACAGAGGGCGAGGAAGAGGCAGAGGGGGCACCAGAGGUCGAGGCGAUAGAGGCACAGAUCUCGACUCGACGCAGCGAGGAGGGUCCACGGCCGCUUUUCCCUUGCCACAACGACCCAACUGGCAGCUGGACGACCCUGCCCCCACCUCCGCUACGACACUGUCUUACGACGAGCCCGCGAGCAGUGCAAGCGUAGGAGGUCGAAGCAAGCCAAGUGCGUAUGAGUCGGGCAGAUUCACCCCACCCAAGUCGGCUGGAUUACCUGCAAUACCCAAAAUAGCAGCAGAAUUGGCUGAUCCGAUUUCGUCUGAAGCUCGCACUGCUUCAGCUACCCGGACCGUUCAUCCUUUGCCGCCUAUACCCUCGCCCGCACCACCAGCGCCGGCGACUGAUACGCCUAUGAGAUCUGGAGUGCACAAUGCAUCUGCAACGCCGCCCACGUUGCCUGCCUCACGGCCGCAUCAGACGGGGGCAUCAGCCGUCGCGGGAAGUUCAUCCAUCGCGGGGUCUCCGGCCUUUACUGCAGGUCCGCCACCAGGCGCCCAUAUAAAUCCUCUCUUCGCUCAUCAAUGGGCUCCUCAGCAAUCCCAGCAACAACAGCAUGUCGCCCCGUCACCGCACUACACCGGUGUUCAGCAGCAACAUUAUUCAUCGCAACAGCAAUAUCCACAACAAGCCUGGAACGGAUACCAGUACAAUUAUCGAGGGCAAGUAGGCGGAGGCCAAUACCCGUACCCUCAACAGCAUGCGCAGUACGGAGGCCAGCAGGUACAACAGACACCAUACUGGUCGCAGCAGCACCAAGACACCCAGCAGUACAGCUACCCGCCGCCGUAUGGCCAACACCAGCAGUCGUACGCCAACGGCUCGGUACAAGGGCAUGCGCAGGGUCAAGGGCCACACUACUGGCCUACCCAACAGUAUCAAGGUGGCCAGUACCCACCGGAUGGCGCAGGUGACGCAGGUAAUGGCUCGUAUGACCCGAGUGAGGGCAAAAUGAACUUUGGCAAGUAGCAGCGCUGCACAUGCCUCUACGCAGACGCUCAACUAUGAUGGUCAGCCACGAAGGAAUGUAUCGCAUUUCAUGAUAUAUCAUCGUAUGCAGCGGUCUUUCGAUGCCUUGAUAAGUGGUCUCGCCAUUGCUUUGUCGAGUGUGCUGUGACUCGUGAAAAUGCCAGACCAUGUCUGCGUGUGUUGGGUAGAUCUUGUUCAAAUAACUGUAUCUUUGUCUGCGACAUCGUGCUCAUCCAUACCAUCUCCAC